GGCGUCACUCGUGCGCCAACCACCGUUUCAAUAUUGUGAGUUCUGUGGCUCCGAGCGAUGUAGGAGAGGAGGAAGUUCCAGUAUCGCUGGAUCGUCCGCUUCAGUUUGUCAUGAACAUCCAGUAGAUGCUCUUGUUGCGUGAGCUGUUGCUAAUAAUAUAUAGUCCACGAACAGCUUUUGUUCAUCGAAAUGCCCGCCAAAAUCACGGAAAUCAAGUGCAAGCGUUGUCGCAAUCUACUCUUCACGGAGGAGGUCUCGCCGUCCUUGACGGCUCAUGGACAGGUGAUUGGCGCCGGGGCCAGGAAUACAAAGUGCAACAGCGAUGUGCAGGAAGACUGCUUGUACCUCGCGGAGGACAAUAUGCCCGACUGGAUUCAUGAAGUUGUCGAUCGGGAAAAUUGGAUUAGGGGCAAGUUGUACUGUCCUCUUUGUCAUGCGAGAAUUGGUUCUUUUGAUUUUGUCAGUCCAAAAAAGUGUAAUUGUGGAGAAUAUGUUCCACCACCUAUUAGAAUAACAUAUUCGAAAGUGGAUACUCCACAUCGGUGAUACUAAGAAGUUGCAGAAUUUUAAUUAAGUUUUAAAUCGUCUAUACGUAUGCUAUUAAAAUAAAUUGGGUAACUGUGGUGAAAGGUGACACAGCUUUUUAGACAAUGUAUAGUAUAAAUUUGGUUAAGGUCACCUUUCACAAAAACAACCCUAUUAUAUAGCUAAGUUGAGUUAAUACAAGAGAAGAUAUUUAUUUCUACACUUUAACAUUAAUUAAAUAUUAACUAAAUAAUUAUCAAUAUCUUUU